GUCGGGUUGUCGGUCUUCAACGGAUUUAUAAAAUUGAGUGGACGGAAAUGAUAUAGACUAGAGAGAAGGAAGGAAGCAAGCUUUGAUGGCGGCGAUGACGACGACAGCAUCAACUUUACAACUCCAACAACUUCGAAACCUCUCCUUUUACAAAUGUCUUUCUUUGAGCAGCAGCAGCAGCAGCAGCACAAAUAGCAUCAUUUUCUUUCAAUCUCACUUUACUUGCAAUAAGCUAUUAUUAUUUUCUUCUAAUCCAAAUUUGAGAGUGCUUAAACAUGUGGGAGUCAAGCCUAUAUCUGCUGUUGGGUCAGGUAUGGAGGCAUCAAUUGCAGAAACGAAUGAGAAACUAAUAGCAUUGAAAAAUGUUAAAAUAGUUAUUGAAUCCCAAGAGGAAGAUAAGAUGCAGGUAAGAGUGGAUUUGAGUGGAGAUGAGACUCAAAAGGUGUUCAACAAGGCAUUGACUGAUUUAGCUCGUUCGGCACCUCCAAUUCCAGGAUUUCGAAGAGAGAAAGGAGGAAAAACAACAAAUGUUCCAAGGGAAUUCCUCCUACAAAUCCUUGGAGAAGAUCGUGUAACUAAUUUUGUGAUACAAGAAAUAGUCACCUCAACCAUGGCAGAUUAUGUGAAGAAGGAAAAUCUGAAGGUGAAGGAAAACAAAAUUAACACCACUCAAAAGGCAGAAGAACUCAAGAAAGUGUUUGUACCUGGAAAUGAAUUUGGAUUUAAUGCUGUUCUAGAGCUUGAAAAACCUGAAGCUGAAACUGAGAAUGAAAAUGAACCUGAACCUGAAACUGAAACUGAACCUGAACCUGAACCUGAAACAUCAAGUUAAAUUCACCAAUUUUGUAAAGCACUUGUACAAUGUGAUUAUUUUCAGAGUAAUCUAUUCAUUUGUAGUUGCUUUUAGACUA